UUUUACAUGGCGUUUUGGCAGGAAUGCGGCACAGCCUGAAGCCAGCGACCCAAUCCUUGGUGCCCACCGAGGUCUGUCCGUCUGCUUGGAUAUUCACCCAUAUCCUAUUUAUACAUCCCUAAUCUUCCCCAGGCCACAUCGGGGGCCCGGGGGGGGGGUGUGUGUGUGAAGGUUUUAACCCAGGACCGGCUUCAUUUGUGGGGUUUAUGGCUUUUUUUCUCUCUGCAAGAUCGGAGGAUGCUCCUUUGGGGGGGUUUAUCCCUCCCCAUUGGGCACCGGUCGGGGUUUUUAACCCCGGGGCGGGCGAUGGAGCCCGAGGCCUUUGGAGAUUAUAAAGUGAUUAUUUUAGUGGAGAGGGAAGGGGGGGGAAAAAGUUUUGGGGCCCUCCCGGCGUGCAAUUUGCCGAGAGGCGGAGGGUCCGGGGCGAGGGGAUGGAUUUCAAUCCCGAUUUUCCAGCCAGCUCCACAUCCCUCGUCUUCGCAGGCUAUAAAAAAAAACACCCCCAACCAACCCAAACCCCAAAUUCCUGUGUUGUUUUUUUUUCCUUUCUUCCCCUUUUUUUUUUUCUCUCUCUAUUUUCAGGAAAACCCCCACGUCCCCACGGGUCGGAAAAACGCCCCACGUGCGGCACCCGGUCUCAGCUAGAGCUGGAGAUGGACGCGGAUAAGGGGAAGCAACGCCAGUACUCGCAGAGGAUGGCGGAGCCUCGCUUCAACAACCCCUACUUCUGGCCACCCCCCCCCACCAUGCCCAGCCAGCUGGACAACCUGGUCCUGAUCAACAAAAUCAAGGAGCAGUUGAUGGCGGAGAAGAUCCGGCCCCCGCACUUGCCCCCCACGUCGGUGGCAUCGCAGCAGCCGCUGCUGGUGCCGCCGUCGCCCGCCGAUGGCAGCCAGGCCAUCAUGUCCCUGCCCAAACUGCAGCAGGUCCCCGGGCUGCACCCUCAGGCCGUGCCCCAGCCCGACGUGGCCCUGCACGCGCGGCCGGCCACCAGCACCGUCACAGGGUUGGGGCUGGCGUCCCGCGCGCCCGCGGUCAGCACCUCCGAAUCCAGCACGGGGACGGGGACCACCACGCCGUCGACCCCCACGUCCACCAGCCAGAGCCGCCUCAUCGCCUCCUCGCCCACCCUAAUCUCAGGAAUCACCAGCCCCCCCCUCCUCGACUCCAUAAAGACAAUCCAGGGCCAUGGCUUGCUGGGGGCACCCAAGGCCGAGCGGGGCCGUAAGAAGAUCAAGGCAGAAAAUCCCUCGGGACCGCCGGUCCUGGUGGUGCCCUAUCCCAUCCUGGCCUCGGGGGAGACCGCCAAAGAGGGCAAGACGUACAGGUGUAAGGUCUGCCCCUUGACGUUCUUCACCAAGUCGGAGAUGCAGAUCCACUCCAAGUCGCACACCGAGGCCAAGCCCCACAAGUGCCCCCAUUGCUCCAAGUCCUUCGCCAACGCCUCCUACCUGGCCCAGCACCUGCGCAUCCACCUGGGCGUCAAACCCUACCACUGCUCCUACUGCGAGAAGUCCUUCCGGCAGCUCUCCCACCUCCAGCAGCACACCCGAAUCCACACGGGCGACAGACCCUACAAGUGCCCGCACCCCGGCUGCGAGAAGGCCUUCACACAACUCUCCAACCUCCAGUCCCACCAGCGCCAGCACAACAAGGACAAACCCUACAAGUGCCCCAACUGCUACCGGGCGUACACGGACUCGGCCUCGCUGCAGAUCCACCUCUCGGCUCACGCCAUCAAACACGCCAAGGCCUAUUGCUGCAGCAUGUGCGGCCGCGCAUACACCUCGGAGACCUACCUGAUGAAGCACAUGUCCAAGCACACGGUGGUGGAGCACCUCGUCAGCCAGCACUCGCCGCAGAGGACGGAGUCUCCCGGCAUUCCCGUACGGAUCUCCCUCAUCUAACGGGGCCGCCAGCGGGGCUUGGAGCGCGGAGGGGGGGGGGGCACGGACAGGAUCACCCCCCCCCCCGCCAUGAGGAGGAAGAGGAGGAGGAGGAAGCAGCCCCCCCCCCCCCCCCCCCCCGCAGCCCCGGGGCCGUGUCCCCGCAGGUUUGGUGAUGCCCAAAGACGGUUUCGGAGCACUUUGAACCUCUGCGGUUUGGUUUGGUUUUUUGGGGGGGGGGGGAUAACGAGGUGGGGGGGGCAAAGGGGGGGUUGUGUUCCCCCCCCCCCAGUUUGGAUACAAAUAUAUAUAUAUAUUUAUUGGCCAAGAACUUGGUGCUGCUACAAACCAGGAACGAGCCCCCGGGCGGCGAAACACCCGCAGCUGGGGGGGUCCCACCGCUGCCCCCCCCCCCCAGGACUGAGCAGGGGCCCCCGCUUUGGUUUGAAACGUUUUGGGGGGGUUGGUUUGGGUUUUUAUUGCGGUUUUAUUUCGGGGGGGGCCCUUCAAGGGCAGAAGCAGCCGCUGGGCCCCCCCUUUUCCCAUACCCCCCCCCCCCAAAUCUCUAUUAGUUUGGGGCGGGGACACUCACUUUGCCUUGUGCCUGCCGGCCCCGGGCGCCUGUACAUAGACCCAGGGGGGGGCCCGACCCCCCCGUGCCCCCCCCGUGUUAUUUUUUAUACACUUUUUACGCCUUAAACUCAUCCUUUCUUUGGGAUUUUUAUUGUUUUUUCCCCGUGGGGGUGUUUUGUUUCCCUCCUUUAUUAAUUCCCCCCCCCCUUUAUUUUUUACCACCCCCCCCCGUUAUUUUUACCCCCCUCCUCGAUGUUGUACUCCCCAUAGUGUAACCUCAUUGUCCGCAUGUUAAUACCUGUAAAUACGCCUCUUCUACACUAAACCCCCCCUUGCCUCCCCCCCGCCCCAAUUUUGGGGCUUUUUUUAUGUUCCUGAUGGAAUCCCGCCCCCCCCCCCCCCCCCCUAGAGUUAGACCCGACCUUGGUAAAAAAGGGGAAAAUGAGGAAAAAAAAAAAGGCAAAAAAAAAGCGAAGAAAAGGAAAAAAAAGGAAGAAAAAGGCAAAAAAAAAGCGCCCCCCCGCCCCCCGCAUUGGGGGAUGGAGCAGCCGAGGGGGGGGGAUGGGAGAGGAGCCCCCCCCCCCCCCCAGCGCCCGCAACAGAAUAAACCAGAGCAAAAAUUAAUAAAAA